GCGGUCAGCUGACCGUCCUGGCUGGCACGUGACUUGCUCCGUAGACGCCGGGGUCGAGGAAGCCGUGAGGCCGGAGCUUAGGUCGGGGAGGGGAUGGAGCGCUGAGCCGUUAACGCCUGCCAGGCUGUCCGCCUCUCUGCCUGUUACUGCCGUCACGUCCUCGUUUGACACUUCCCUGGGCCAUCUAUAAAUGCUGUUUCAGUUGAAGACAAAACAACACAGAAGUUAAGAAUGAUUUAAAGAAGAGUCUUAAUUUUGGAGGAAAUAUCUGGUAAACAAUAUGACUGAGUUCUGGCUUAUAUCAGCUCCUGGGGAGAAAACAUGUCAGCAAACAUGGGAGAAAUUGCAUGCGGCAACUACGAAGAACAAUAACCUUGCAGUUUCUUCAAAGUUCAACAUUCCUGACUUAAAGGUUGGCACACUUGAUGUCCUGGUUGGUUUGUCGGAUGAACUGGCUAAACUGGAUGCAUUUGUAGAAGGGGUGGUUAAGAAAGUGGCUCAAUAUAUGGCUGACGUAUUGGAGGACAGUAAAGAUAAAGUUCAGGAGAACCUGUUGGCCAAUGGAGUUGACUUGGUUACUUAUAUAACAAGGUUUCAGUGGGACAUGGCUAAAUAUCCAAUCAAGCAGUCCCUGAAAAAUAUUUCUGAAAUAAUUGCCAAGGGUGUGACUCAGAUUGACAAUGACUUGAAAUCUCGAGCAUCCGCAUACAACAACCUGAAAGGGAAUCUUCAGAAUUUGGAACGAAAGAAUGCAGGGAGUUUGCUAACUCGAAGUCUAGCAGAAAUUGUGAAGAAGGAUGACUUUGUUCUUGACUCAGAAUAUCUCGUCACAUUACUGGUCGUAGUUCCCAAGUUAAACCACAACGACUGGAUUAAACAGUAUGAAACACUAGCUGAAAUGGUAGUUCCAAGGUCUAGCAAUGUUCUCUCAGAGGACCAAGACAGUUACCUAUGUAAUGUCACCUUGUUUAGGAAGGCAGUUGAUGACUUCAGACACAAAGCCAGGGAAAACAAAUUCAUUGUCCGGGACUUCCAGUAUAAUGAAGAGGAGAUGAAAGCAGACAAAGAAGAAAUGAACAGGCUUUCUACUGACAAGAAAAAGCAAUUUGGACCACUGGUACGGUGGCUGAAAGUGAAUUUCAGUGAGGCGUUUAUUGCGUGGAUUCAUGUGAAAGCUCUGAGGGUUUUUGUCGAGUCUGUUUUGAGGUAUGGCUUGCCAGUGAACUUCCAAGCAAUGCUCCUUCAGCCCAAUAAGAAAACAAUGAAGAAACUAAGAGAAGUAUUAUAUGAAUUGUAUAAACAUCUAGAUAGCAGCGCAGCAGCUAUUAUUGAUGCUCCUGUGGAUAUUCCAGGCUUAAACCUGAGUCAACAGGAAUACUACCCCUAUGUGUACUAUAAGAUCGAUUGCAACUUGCUGGAAUUCAAGUAAAACGAGCCCCGCAGACAGCCCUGUCCCCGUGUGGGUGUCGGUGUUUGCUAACAGACGCGGGCUGCCAUAGGGCCGCACUUCUAACUCUCUUACCCCUUGCUUGCUUCUCACCUCCUCUCCUAGGCGCCUUCUCCAGUAGCAGUCCAUUUUGCAACAUUUUCUUUUUAAAAGGAAACUGUAUGUCUUGUUUCUUUUUAUGAUCAGGUCUGUAAAUGUGUACUGAAAAAAAAAAUCAAUUUAUUUAUGAACUGAAUAGUUUAUUUAAAAAGAAGGUCUUUCCUCAUCCAUAUUGUGGUAUGCAUUAAUUCCAUUUGUUACUGUUGUGACAAAAGCCUUGUUUACAAGGAAAUGGUGUAAACAGUUAUGCCAUUUUGUUCACUGUAUUUAGUAGACAUAAUUGUUUAAUAGUUACUGAAUCGUGAUGUAAAGAAAUGUGACAAUAUUCAGGUAUGUGCUUUCUGAAUGUUUCAAAUUACAAUCUCUGAGCACUGUUGACACCCACAGGAGAGAAUAAAAUUACCUGUGCAAAGGUGGGUUGUGGUGUGCGUAACUUCCAAAGAGUACAGUUCAGUUUGAGAACUUAAUAAACGGUGUCAUAGCUGACUCCCUGUGCUGUUUUCAGGAUUGUGCUAUAUAUACCAAGAGGUGACCAUCGUGGCUGACUCGUGUGAUGAUUCAGGUGUGCCAAAUCUGGGUCAGCACCAAUUGGAAGAUUAUUUUUGAACAUGUGAUGGGGUAUUUGCACACUAGACUUUGGGGUAUCUCAAUUAGGAAGUAGGGCCAGUUUUGAAUAAAGUUUAGUAGAACUCUG